GUCGAUCGGUAGAAGAAGACACCAGAGCGGGCGGCUGUUACGUUGCGGGAUCAGUACGACAUGACUAUCAGAUCCAUCAGGAACAAAACGGGUCUACAACCCGUCGUCCUUCUCCUCAAUCGUGUCCUCUAUUCGCCGUUGCAACUGCCACGAUUGACCAAUGCAAGAUCACUAGGAACUCUUGCUUUCGAGGAAGUCAGAUCUGAAAAGCCGCAUACUUUCACAGCUUUUGUGCUUCACGGCCUCUUGGGUUCCGGCCGGAAUUGGCGUUCAUUCUCUCGCAUCCUAAAUUCAUCCCUCUCUGCAUAUUCACCUCCUUCCGAUUGGAGGAUGGUUCUUGUGGAUUUGAGAAAUCAUGGGAAAUCAGCUGAGAUAGAUAGUCUUUUCCCACCUCAUGACAUGUUCAAUGCUGCUAAGGAUUUGGCUAAUUUGGUGAAAUCACAAGGCUGGGAUUGGCCUGAUGCUGUAAUUGGACACUCUAUGGGUGGGAAAGUCGCCUUGCAGUUUGCUGAGAGUUGUGUCAAUGGCGAUUAUGGUCAAUCCGCUCAAGUGCCGAAACAGCUAUGGGUGUUGGAUUCUGUUCCUGGAAAAGUGAAUCAUGAGGAUGUUGAUGGAGAAGUGGAGAAGGUUCUGCAGACAUUGCAAGGUCUACCUAAAGAUGUUCCAUCAAGGAAAUGGCUAGUAGACCACAUGAUUGAUCUUGGUUUCUCCAAGUCAUUAUCACAUUGGAUAGGAAGUAAUCUUAAAAAAUCCGGAGAACAAGAGACAUGGGCUUUUAAUCUUGAACCUGCUAUUCAAAUGUUCAACUCAUACAGAGAAACCGACUACUGGUCUUUGUUGGAGAAAGUUCCAAAGGGUACCGAAAUAAAUAUUGUCCGAGCUGAGAACAGUGACAGGUGGCUGCCGGAUGUGUUACAAAGGCUUGAAAGCUUGGAUAGCCAUGUAAGUGAUGAUAAUAUGGGAAAGGUGUUUGUUCAUGUUCUUCCCAACUCGGGCCAUUGGGUUCAUGUGGAUAACCCGAAAGGGCUUCUUGAAAUUGUGACUCCAAGAAUUGCAGCUAUGGCUUGAAUAAAAGCUUAAUUCAAACACUUUAAUGGUUGGCAACACUUCAUUUUAAAUCAAGUUUUAUUACACUUGAUACUCUCAUUUAAGUUUGAGGUUCAAUUAUUAUUAUUUUUUAACAUCUCUCAUUUUGUUGUAUAUUCUAUAAACUUGUAUUGCUUUUUAUAUACCUUCUAGUUUAGUUUAGCUUUAUAAGGAUAUUUUCUGAAGUUGGUCGUGACCUAUAAUAAAUUUGUUUGGUUGUUUUUCUUAA